AUGAAGACCAUCCUGUUGUUGCUGGCUGUGGUAGCUGUGGCCCAUGCAGGCGUGACCUUGACCUUGUCGUCUGAUGACAUUGAAGCGUUCUUGGAGGCUCACAACGACGUGAGGAAUGAACUGGGUAUCCCAUCCCUGGUAUGGGACACGACACUGGCCGAGUUCGCAGAAGACUGGACAUCCAGGUGUGAAUUUGAACACAGCAAUCAACAAUACGGGGAGAACUUAUACCAAAAUGGACCUUUGGACGACAACGCCACGUACUUGGCCUACAGAAGCGCUGCAUCCUGGUUAAAGGAACUGGAAUAUGUUGAUGAUGACUGGGAAUGUAUUGCUCAGGAUUCACCUACCUGUGGUCAUUAUUCACAGAUGGUGUGGAGAGAUUCAGUAUCAGUUGGCUGUGCCAUCACUCAGUGUGAGGAGAAUGAAGAAAUGCCCAACCUUGUUUCAUGCAACUAUGACCCACCGGGCAACCACGGUGGGCAACAGCCUUAUUAGAUGUAGACAGCUACAGUGAUCAAUGGAAACGAACGGUUACUUUUGGCUCCAUACAGUUCAAGUCCCAUGUUUUAGAUUCAUAUUU